AUGAGUGAACCAUGUGAGGGUUGUAUCGCAUGCGGCUGGACAUCCAUCAAACAAAAACAGUGCCAUUACUCUAGCCACCUUAAACUAUUCUAUGGUGCAUCUAAACGGGGCGUUUGGUCUAUCGGUUCUGAUGUGAUUUUGAAAGAUCGCCCGGACGAGGGUCCAAAAGCAAAAGUUGAAGUCACAACACUAAAUCACCUGGCAACAUAUACCGAUAUCCCAGUCCCAAAGGUUCUCCGUGACUGGGUCGAUCGUGAUGGGCGAUACUUUGUUAUGACCGAACGCAUAGAUGGCCAAACCCUCGAGGAGGCAUGGCCUUCGUUGUCAGAGCCUCAAAAAGUGGCCAUCGCGGAUCAAGUUGUUGAAGUGCGUAAGCAGCUUCGAUCCAUCACGUCAACCUCCAUCGAAUGUGUCGAUCAUACCCCAUGUUAUCCCAGUUUACUGUUCUUUAAUCUUGAACCGUACGGGCCGUUUCACUCCGACCAAGAACUCUGGGAUGCUCUUAGCCUUGACCUUCACCAUCUACCGCCGAAAGUGUUGGAGAACUUAAAGAAGCGCCUACCGAAAUGCGAGCCCUAUGUCCUCACUCAUUGCGAUCUCAAUUUGGGCAACAUCAUGAUCCGGGAUGGAAAGGUCGUUAGUGUACUCGACUGGGAGUACGCCGCCUCUCUUCCUAUCUGGUAUGAAUAUGUCGCGGCCUCUUUCGGAUUUACAGUUAUGGAUGUUGAAUAG